GUUGGCAGUACGGUUGACGUAGUCAUAAACAUAACCUCUAACUUAAUCUCAUUAGUGAUUUGUAGGAAACAAUAAUAUUUAUAAAACUAAAGUAUUAUAAAUGAAAACUAAAAAGAUAUAGAACUAACUGUGUAGCAUUCAAUUUUGUUACUUAGAUUAUCUUUUAGGCACAUUAUUAGUCGUAAUUAGUUACAGUUCUUGUAUUAACAAUCAAUAUUAUUUAUAGAGACAUUAGACUAAAUAUGGAAGAGAAAGUCGUUAGUUCACCACAAUGCCAGUUUUUUGUACUCCGAAAGAAGAGACUCUGUCGAAUGACAGUGCGGCCGGGACGGCAGUACUGCGGAGAGCAUGAGCCCCAACCCACAACCGAAGACGGAUUGGCUGAUAAUCGCAUCCCAUGCCCAAAUGAUCCUAAACACACAUGCUAUGUAAGCAAGCUGGAGAAACAUCUGUCCAUCUGCAAUGCCCGACAGGUGGAGCGGCCAGCUUACAUAGUGCCAAACAUCAAUGCACCACUGGAGGGAGACACAAGCCCUAGGAAACCCCUCGCUGAAGUGUCAAGAGAAUGUCUUAUGCAGCUUAUUGAUAAAGUCAAUCUGUUGUAUGAAAAGUAUGUGCAAGAUAGUAUUACAACAUUCCCGGAGUACCCCAUUCACUCGGUGGUAUUGGCAGACUUUAACGAGAGCAACCGCACAGAGAGCUCCAGACGACAUCUACGACAGGUCUCUAGUCUGUUGUGGAUCAUAGAGAAGGAGGAGCUGGUGCAAGACCAAGCUUGUUACGUAGAGUUGGGAGCCGGCAAAGGGCAGGUGUCGCAGUACGCGGCGGCGGCGUGGUGCGGCGCGGGCGCGGGCCGCGUGCUGCUGGUGGACCGCGCCGCGCUGCGACACAAGCGCGACGGCCGCGUGGCGCGCGCGCUGGGCGGCGGCGGGGCGGUCGCGGGGGCGGCGGGGGCGGCCGCGAGGCUGCGGGCCGACCUCCGCCACCUCGCGCUGCGCCGCGUGCCGCUGGCUCGCCGCGCGCCGCUCGUCGGGCUCGCCAAGCACCUGUGCGGCGCGGCCACAGACUAUGCCAUCCGGUGCAUGGUGAACGUGCACGAGGAGGACGAGACCACAAACGGCGCAAAAUGCGAGCCGGGCAGCGGGCCGGCCGCGCGGUGCGGCAUAGUAGUGGCGGCGUGCUGCCACCACCGCGCCGACCGGGCCACCUACGUCGCGCGCUCACACCUCAUGGAAUUGGGAAUAAAUGACGAAGAUAUGGAUAUAAUGCUGGGAAUCGUAUCGUGGGCGACGUGCGGCGAUGGACGCAGCCGGGACAAACGGAAGGUCGACCAAACAACCGGUGAUGAGGACGACAGAGCCGAUCAUCAACCACAGGACAGUCAUCAACUACAGGAUAACGGCCAGAACGGUUACACACAAGAUAUCACCGCCGGUGAUAAGAAAUUGAGGACAUCAAGUAAAACCAGCCAUGAGAAUAACGUACAAGUAAAAGAAAAGAUGAGUCAACAAUACCGUGAGGUAGUCGGCAGGCGGACGAAGGCGUUGUUAGACUGGGGGCGCGUUUUGUACUUGAGGGAGAAAGGGUUCGAUGCCCGUCUUUGCUAUUAUGUACCGACCUCGGUAUCACUAGAGAAUUUAUGUAUUAUAGCUAAAAAGGUUAUAAAUAUAGAAUCGGCUACGUAACUAGAUAUUGAAAUAUUUAAUACAAUUUGUAUACGUCAUUUGUGUCCAGAGAGCAAGGUGUCUAUGAAUCUCGAAGAGAUUAUUAUUUAUAAAAUAAAACAAAUCAAUGCAAAUAUAGUUUUAUAUAUUUAUAUCAAUAAAUCAAAUCUAUUCAAAACAAUUGUUUUUUAUUAUACAAUCUCGACUCUAGUCGAUAUUUCCCAGAGUUGUUUUGAAGUCACAGAAUUAUAUAAUAUUACAAAAUACUUUAUCAUAAAGAUUCUAUGAGCGACGCGACCUCCUCAAUACUACCGACCGUUACAUUGUACCUUUAUAAAUACCUCAGCAAGACUUAAUCCACUAUUAAUUUAAAUAUAUAAAAUAAUUGUUAAGUUACUGCAUCUCAAGAAAGAAAACAAUGCAAAGAUUAUUUAAAAACAAACCUUAAAGUGAUUCAAUUAGAUCUCAAAUUAGAACGGCCGGCGCGCCUGAGCUGCGUCACAAAGUACAAUAGUUACAACAACGUCACCUUACCAACAAACAACAGAAAAUCGUUGCGUCCCCGUAAC